AUGGCGUUCCAUAAAUUAUGGUCUAAUGCUUUUAGUUUCGGGGAGUCAGAAGUUUUGAAGUUAGUGAACAAGAAGAAAUUCAAUGGUCCAGAUAACGUUGCGUUUAUACCAAGUGAUUUAAGCUAUAAGAAAGACGAAAACGAAAGUCUCAAUCAAGUAACUUGUUCAGCAUCAUGUCAUCCUACAUGUAGUUUUACGUGGUCAAAGACGCCAUCAAGAACACUUGUUAGUAGCUCAGCUUUAUUAAACAUUGGACAGCUUCAGAGUUCAGAUGCUGGAACAUACAGAUGUAGAGCAACAAGGACUGGUGGUGCACCACAAAGCAAAGAUCUAACUGUGAAUGUAAUUUAUGGACCAAGGAAUAUAUUUUUCAAUCCAACUGCUGUCUCCUAUCGACAUAAUGAAAACUAUACCCUCGCACCAAUCACAUGUGGAGCUGAUUGCUGGGAAUGUAGCUACAGUUGGUCUGGACCAAAUUCAUUUAGUGUGUCUGGAGCAGUGCUUGACCUGAGUCCUUUAACAAAGUCAAUGGCUGGAACAUAUACAUGUACUGCUAGAAACGUUAAACUGUCUCAACAACCACUACAAACAAAACAGUUGCUACUUGAAGUUAGAUUUGGUCCUGAUUCUUUAAAAGUAACAAAUGGGAAAUCAGUAUAUACAGUUGAUGAGGGCACAAGAUUACACGAUAUAAAGUGCGAGGCUGACUGUUUUCCUGCAUGUACAUAUAAAUGGACCAAAGAUGGCCAGACUAUUGUCAAUACAGAUACUCUGUCUUUGGGCCAAGUGCAAAAAUCAUCAGCUGGAAAUUAUACAUGCAGGGCUACUAAUGGUGACAUGCAGUCUAGAUGGAGGGAAAAGAGGGUUGCUAUUUACGUAAGAUAUGGACCAUACCAGUCAUCAACUAAAUUAUUACCAUCAACACAAAACUACACCAAAAAUGAAGGACAGAGUCUAAGUGAUAUCACUUGCUCUUCUGAGUGCUAUCCUGAUUGCACAUACACAUGGAAUAAGACAAGACAAGGGCAGACAACCACAGUCAGUGGUACAAGUGUUUUAUCUAUAGGGGAACUACACCGUGAAAAUGCUGCAAUAUAUUCUUGUAUAGCAAGAAAUUCUGAAAAGAUUUCAUCUUCAACAACAACAAUACAAACUAUUGUCAAUGUGAGAUAUGGACCAGAUUCAGCAGUUCUCAGCAAAAGAUCACCUCACACUGUAACAGAAGGGGAUAAAGAUGAAAAAAUUGAAUGUACUUCAGAUUGUUAUCCUGGUUGUUCUUAUAAAUGGACGAAACAUACAAGUUCCUCUGCUACUACGUCUUCACGUGUGCUUCAACUAAACACUGUGUUAAGAGAGAAUGCUGGAGAUUACAAAUGCAUUAGUACCAAUACAGCAAAAUCACAUUUCUCAAAGUCUGCAGAGUCAACUAUAAAAAUCAUUGUUCAAUGUAAGCUUUUGGUUUAUUUAAAAAAAAACAUGAUUAAAUAGGGUUUUACUUCCAGAACUUUUAAAAUCGUAUUUCGAU